CACCAGGGAAAAAUUGGAGUUAAAUUUAAUGUUGGAACUGAUGACAUCUCUAUUGAAGAGAUCAACGCAAUCAUUAAUGAUGGAAAAUACCAUGUAGUACGUUUCACAAGAAGCGGUGGCAAUGCCACAUUACAGGUGGACAACUGGCCAGUUAUCGAACGUUACCCAGCAGGAAACAAUGAUAACGAGCGCCUGGCGAUUGCUAGACAGCGAAUUCCAUAUCGACUUGGUCGAGUAGUUGAUGAAUGGCUACUCGACAAAGGGCGUCAGCUCACAAUCUUCAAUAGCCAAGCAACCAUAAAAAUUGGAGGCAAAGAACGUGGCCACCCUUUCCAAGGCCAGCUCUCUGGUCUUUACUACAAUGGCUUGAAAGUUCUGAAUAUGGCAGCAGAAAAUGAUGCCAACAUCGUGAUAGAAGGAAAUGUGAGACUUGUUGGUGAAGUGCCUUCCUCUAUGACAACUGAGUCCACAGCCACAGCAAUGCAGUCUGAGAUGUCCACAUCAGUCAUGGAAACAACCACCACUUUGGCCACGAGCACCGCUAGAAGAGGAAAGGCCCCGACAAAAGAACCUAUUGGUCAG